CAAGGCGGGCCGGCCCUAGGGGCUGCUGAGGUGGCCCCAGGGCUGAGUCCAGGCGGGGUCUGGCCUUGGCCCCAGGCCCCCCAAGGAGCCGGCCCUACACUCCAUGGGGUUGCCGCUGCCCAGGGAGAAGGGGCACAUUCUCUGCCUGUGGAGAAAGUUCCGUAGGUGGUUCCAGAGACAGGAGUCAUGGGCUCAGAGGCGAGACGAGCAGAACAUGCUGCAGCAGAAGAGGAUCUGGGAGUCUCCUCUCCUCACGGCUGCCAAAGAGAACGAUGUCCAGGCUCUCGGCAAGCUGCUCAAAUAUGAAGCCUGCGACGUCCACCAGAAAGGAGCCCUGGGGGAGACGGCGCUGCACGUGGCGGCCCUCUAUGACCACCUGGAGGCCGCCAUCGUGCUGAUGGAGGCCGCCCCGGAGCUGGUCGACGAGCCCAUUACCUCUGAGCUGUAUGAGGGUCAGACGGCACUGCACAUGGCCGUCAUGAACCAGAACGUGAACUUGGUGAAAGCCCUGCUUGCCCGCGAGGCCAACGUGUCUGCAAGAGUUACAGGCUCCAAUUUCCGCCCCGGUCCCCACAACCUCUUCUACUUUGGGGAGCACCCUCUGUCCUUUGCGGCCUGCAUGGGCAGCGAGGAGAUCGUGAGGCUGCUCAUCGAGCACGGCGCUGACAUCCGGGCCCAGGACUCCCUGGGAAACACAGUGUUGCACAUCCUCGUCCUCCAGCCCAACAAAACCUUUGCCUGCCAGAUGUACAACCUGCUGCUGUCCUACGAUGGGCGCGGGGACCACCUGCAGUCCCUGGACCUCGUGCCCAAUCACCAGGGCCUCACCCCCUUCAAGCUGGCUGGAGUGGAGGGUAACACCACGAUGUUCCAAAACCUGAUGCAAAAACGGAAGCACAUCCAGUGGACGUACGGGCCACUGACCUCCACUCUCUACGACCUCACGGACAUCGACUCCUCGGGGGAGGAGCAAUCCCUGCUGGAGCUUAUCGUCACCUCCAAGAAGCGGGAGGCUCGCCAGAUCCUGGACCAGACGCCGGUGAAGGAGCUGGUGAACCUCAAGUGGAAGAGAUACGGGCGGCCAUACUUCUGUAUGCUGGCCGCCACCUACCUGCUGUACAUGGUCUGCUUUACCACGUGCUGUGUCUACCGCCCCCUCGAUCCCAGGACCCACAACCAAACUAGGCCCCGGGACAACACCCUCCUACAGCAGAAGCUACUUCAGGAGGCCUAUGUGACCCCCGAGGAUCACCUCCGACUGGUGGGAGAGCUGGUGUCCGUCUUUGGAGCUGUGAUCAUUCUGCUCAUAGAGAUUCCAGACAUCUUCCGCGUGGGGGUCACUCGCUUCUUUGGACAGACCAUCCUUGGAGGACCCUUCCACGUCCUCUUCAUCACCUAUGCCUGCACGGUGCUGGUGACCAUGGCGAUGAGGCUUUCCAACACCAACGGGGAGGUGGUGCCUAUGUCCUUCGCCCUGGUGCUGGGCUGGUGCAACGUCAUGUACUUCGCCCGAGGAUUCCAGAUGCUGGGCCCCUUCACCGUCAUGAUCCAGAAGAUGAUUUUUGGCGAUCUGAUGCGAUUCUGCUGGCUGAUGGCCGUGGUCAUCCUGGGCUUUGCCUCAGCCUUCUUUAUCAUCUUCCAGACAGAGGACCCUAACGAGCUGGGCCAUUUCAACAAUUACCCCAUGGCGCUGUUCAGCACCUUCGAGCUGUUCCUCACCAUCAUCGACGGCCCUGCCAACUACGACGUGGACCUGCCCUUCAUGUACAGCAUCGCCUACGCUGCCUUCGCCAUCAUCGCCGCUCUGCUCAUGCUCAACCUCCUCAUCGCUAUGAUGGGGGACACUCACUGGCGCGUGGCCCACGAGCGGGACGAGCUCUGGAGGGCCCAGGUCGUGGCCACCACAGUGAUGCUGGAAAAGAAGCUGCCUCGCUGCCUGUGGCCUCGCUCCGGGAUCUGCGGGCGCAAGUUCGGGCUGGGGGACCGUUGGUUCCUGCGGGUGGAAGACAGACAGAAUCUCAACCGGCAGCACGUCCGGGGCUACGCGCAAGCCUUCUGCAACCCAGGCUCCGAAGAUGACACGGAAGGACGGUGGCUGGGCGGCCCCUUCGCCACCCACCUGUCCCUUCCUGUCCCCUCGGUGUCUCGAAGUACUUCCCGCGGCAGCGUGAACUGGGAGAGGCUGAGGGAAGCGACCCGGAGGAGAGAGCGGAGGAGGACGGUGGACAGGGCUCUGGAGGACGGGGAGGGUUGGGAGUACCAGAUCUGA